UGAAGCAGCUGCUCAGUUUCUUGCCCCGAAGUGGCAGCGGCUGGAGGGGGUGCCGGGUGUGGACUUGAAGAGCCAGAGCUGCGAGCUCGCACAAACGGUAGUAAAGAUGUGGAAAUCUGUAGUGGGGCAUGAUGUAUCUGUUUCCGUGGAGACCCAGGGUGAUGACUGGGACACAGACCCUGAUUUUGUGAAUGACAUCUCUGAGAAAGAGCAACGGUGGGGAGCCAAAACCAUCGAGGGCUCGGGACGCACAGAGCACAUCAACAUCCACCAGCUGAGGAGCAAAGUGUCUGAGGAGCAUGACAUUCUCAAGAAGAAAGAGUUGGAGUCGGGGCCUAAAGCAUCUCAUGGCUACGGAGGUCGGUUUGGAGUGGAAAGAGACCGGAUGGACAAGAGUGCUGUGGGCCACGAGUAUGUUGCUGACGUGGAGAAACACUCUUCCCAGACUGAUGCCGCCAGAGGCUUUGGGGGCAAAUACGGAGUUGAGAGGGACCGGGCAGACAAGUCAGCAGUGGGCUUUGAUUACAAAGGAGAAGUGGAGAAGCAUGCAUCUCAGAAAGAUUACUCCCAUGGCUUUGGUGGCCGCUAUGGGGUAGAGAAGGAUAAACGGGACAAAGCCGCUCUAGGCUAUGACUACAAGGGAGAGACAGAGAAGCAUGAGUCUCAGCGAGACUAUGCCAAGGGCUUUGGUGGCCAAUAUGGAAUCCAGAAGGACCGAGUGGAUAAGUCAGCAGUGGGCUUUGAUUACAAAGGAGAAGUGGAGAAGCAUGCAUCUCAGAAAGAUUACUCCCAUGGCUUUGGUGGCCGCUAUGGGGUAGAGAAGGAUAAACGGGACAAAGCCGCUCUAGGCUAUGACUACAAGGGAGAGACAGAGAAGCAUGAGUCUCAGCGAGACUAUGCCAAGGGCUUUGGUGGCCAAUAUGGAAUCCAGAAGGACCGAGUGGAUAAGAGUGCCGUUGGCUUCAAUGAAAUGGAGGCCCCAACCACUGCGUAUAAGAAAACCACACCCAUAGAAGCCGCUUCCAGCGGUGCCCGUGGGCUGAAGGCAAAAUUUGAGUCCAUGGCUGAGGAGAAGAGGAAGCAAGAGGAAGAAGAGAAGACACAGCAGAUGGCCAGGCAGCAACAGGAGCGAAAGGCUGUGGUAAAGAUGAGCCGCGAAGCUCAGCGGCCGGCGGAGCCUGAGGAAGAACCAGCAGUGCCAGCCCCAUUGCCCAAGAAGAUCUCCUCAGAGGUUUGGCCUCCAGCCGAGAGUCACCGACCACCGGAACCCGAGCCUGUGAGAAGCGGAAGGGAACACCCUGUGCCUUCUCUGCCCAGGAUGCAGACUCCACCGCAGAAUCCCCUGGAGGACAGCGAGGAGCCCCCAGCUCUGCCCCCUAGGACCCCAGAAGGCCUCCAGCUGGUGGAAGAGCCAGUGUAUGAAGCAGCGCCUGAGCAGGAGCCUGAGAACGACUAUGAGGAUGUUGGGGAGCUAGAUCGGCAGGAGGAGGAUGCAGAGGGAGACUAUGAGGAUGUCCUGGAGCCUGAGAAUACCCCUUCUCUGUCCUACCAGGCUGGAUCGUCAGCCGGGGCUGGUGGGGCAGGGACCUCUGCUGUAGCCCUGUAUGAUUACCAAGGAGAGGGAAGUGAUGAGCUUUCCUUUGAUCCGGAUGACAUCAUCACUGACAUUGAGAUGGUGGAUGAAGGCUGGUGGCGGGGCCGUUGCCAUGGCCACUUUGGACUCUUUCCUGCAAACUACGUCAAGCUCCUCUAGUGACCAUCCCCAUUGUCUUUUGCUACUCUGAUUCCUCAUGUUCAAAGUGGCACAGCCUCCCUCUCUACCCACUCCACAGUACUGCUGCAAGGACCUAAUAGAGCGUCAUGGGCGCCUGAGGUUCAGACAGACCUCCCUCUCCUGCUUCAUUAAGAGCUUUAGGCAGGGCCAGCAUGAGGCAGGGGCCCUUCCCUCUGUGUCCACUCUUCCCUGGAGUAGCUCAUGGAAUCAUCUUGUGGUCCUGCCUCCUUCACCCACACCCCACAUUGCUCACCUCCCUCUUGAGUGCUGGUGUUCCCGUGUGUUGGCCUAGAGGGAAGCCUAGGCUGCCUGAUUUACCUGGUUGUGCUUUUUGCUCGUUUUUCCUCUCUUAAGAGACAAAUUGGAACUGUCCUUCUGUUUAGUCCUAAAACUGAAAAUAAAGUGAGACCAUGGCUUAGCUUUG